GGGGCGGGGCCUGAGGCGGCGGCGGGCUGCGUGAGGCGGCGGCGCGACGGAUCCGGGCCUGGCGGGGCCUGGCGGGGCCUAACGGGGCCUGGCGGGGCCCGAACGGGUCUGAAGGGCCUGGAGAGGUCCGAACGUGCGGUAACGGCGCGGCGAUGCCGUCGGAGAGGAGCGGCUGGGCCGGGCUGAGCGGCCUGCAGAAGGUGGCAGUGCUGCUGGGCCUCCCCGCCGGGGCCACCGUCCUCUACAUCUUGUACCGGCGGUACCGGGAGGGCCGAGAGCUGCACGUGCCCACGGUGGGGGCAGAGGAGCUGCGGGCGGAGCUGCGCGUCCCGCGGGCUGCGGUGAGAGCCAUCAUCGGUCGGAAGGGAACCACCAUCCGAAGGCUGCAGCAGGAGACGGGGGCCCGCAUCGACCUGGAGGGGGAAGACGAUGGUGAGGAGCGACUACUGCUGAUCUGGGGUUCGCCCAGCCAAGUGUGCAGAGCCAAAGCUGCUGUGCAUCAGAUUGUGGUGGAGAGCACACCGGUGUCGGAGCAGCUCCACGUGCCACAGAGAGCUGUCGGGAGGAUCAUCGGCCACGGCGGUGAGACGGUGCGCAGCAUCUGCCGCAGCUCCGGAGCUCAGGUGCAGUGCCAGCACCAGGCUGAGGCCAUGCUGGCACCGACGCGGCUCAUCCAGAUCUCGGGGACACAGCGGGAGGUGGAUGCAGCCAAGAAACUCAUCAUGGAGAAGCUGGUAGAGGAUGCAGUGUUCCGCCAGGAGCUGGCUCAGACCACGGUGCUGCGGAGCCACCGCAAGGAGCCCCUGGGCAGCCGCAGGGAAGCAUUGCUGCUGCCUGACAGGGAGCACGGUGCCGGGAAUGGGGGCCCUCUGCGAGGGGGGGCAGCCAUGGAGGAGCUGCAGGAUGGGAGUGAGGCAGCAGAAAAGCCGGCAGCGGUGCCAAAAUUUGAAGUCCCCAGCCCCGAUUUUAGCUUCCACGCAGAUGAGCACCUGGAGGUCUACGUCUCAGCUGCCGAAAACCCCAACCAUUUCUGGAUCCAGAUCAUUGGGGAGCGCAGCCUGCAGCUGGACAAGCUGAUCUCUGAGAUGACGCAGCACUACGAGGGCAGCGACUGCGUGGCGGAGCUGGAGGCCGUGCAGGCAGGGGACAUCGUGGCCGCUCCAUACACAGACAGCAGCAAUUGGUACCGGGCCCGGGUGCUGGGCACGCUGGAGAACGGCAACUUGGACCUCUACUAUGUGGAUUUUGGGGACAACGGGGAGGCGCCCCGUGAGGCUCUGCGAGUACUGCGGAGUGAUUUCCUGAGCCUGCCCUUCCAGGCCAUCGAGUGCAGCCUGGCUGGGAUCGUGCCUGUGGGGGAGCAGUGGGACGAGGCAGCGCUGGACGCAUUCGAGCGCCUCACCUACUGCGCCCAAUGGAAGCCACUGGUGGCCAAAAUCUCCAGCUACACCCAGGCCGGGCUGUGCACAUGGCCACGCAUCGCACUGUUUGAUGUCCACCACGGCGAGAGCCUCGACAUCGGGGCUGAGCUGGUGCGGCUGGGCCAUGCUGCACUGCAGCCCCAUGAGGAGGAGAAGGAAGGGGGUGGAUUCCCACUGCCAGUGACGGGGGGUGCAGCGGAGACACCGGAGGACAUGGUGUGCACCUCCCUCGAGAGCAUCCUGUCUGAGCUGCCACCAAGCCCCAGCGCCACACCACUGACCCUCUCCUGCAUCAGCCUGCUGGAUGAGAACACCGAGCGGCUGUGGGGCAAUGCAGAGCCCCCAGCCCCAGGGCUGCUGCUUGGCCCUUCCACUUCCUCACAGCCUCAGAGGGAUGACAGUAAGGCCCAGCCCAGCCCCGGCUCCUGGUGUCCCACAGCCCUUGGGGGCCCUGGAACCCUCCACACCGUGACACCCGAAGCGCCGUGUCCCAUCACCUGGAGCGGAGCCCUUUCUGCCAACAGCCGCCCAUCCUUCUCCGAUGGGGACUCUGCUUCUGUCUUCUGCACCGACUCCAUGCGCUACACCAACUUCUCUGUCUUCUCCAGUAGCCCCUGGCCUGGGGCCAACCCCUUCCCCGGCCCCAUCCCCAUCAGCUCUGGGGGUGAGGAGGAGGGCAGAACCCCACAAGGAGGUGCCUCAGUGACUGGCAGCAGUGGCAGUGCGGUGCCAGCGCGGAGCUCCCCGUGAUGGCCUGACCUUGAGCUGUUUCUACCCCUACUGGCCGCAGCGUUGGAUGCUUUUUGAGAAGCGAAGUGCCUGCCCCAUAUCACAGCACCCCCCGCAUCAACAGCGCCCGUUUCACUACGAGUUGCAUCUCUACACCGACUCGGAACUGCUUUCCAGCUGCCCUCUGUAACCACCGGAGGGGACAAACCCGGCCGCGGUGUCCCCAAAUCUCCCCCGGGAUGCUUCGGCCCCCCUCUGGAAGCCACUGCCCUGCUGCGUUCCCAGGGCCGCUCCGUGCCUCGUUCUUCGUGUUCCCCGUUGGGUCGGUGAUGCUGUGGUCACCGUGGGGGUGCCUUUCACAUUGUUGUCUCCGCGCCGUUGCGGUUUGGUUGUUGUUGUUUUCACCCCGCUGAGGGGAAGAGCUGUUUGGUUUCCUGGUUGAAUAAAGCCCAGAGGGCACUGAAUGCA